ACAUUGUUAAGACUGUCAAGUUCCUCCGAAUCUUUUGGACCGCUUCCGGAGACUAGAUUCGAGCGCUAGUUCGCUAGUGUUCAAAAGUCUCACCAUCAUUCCUCAGAACGACAAAGGUUCAGCCAGCGAGGUAGCCCAUUAUCUUUUCAAAGUCGACCGACCUUUCAUUCUCCUCGCGUGAAAGCUGCAAUUAUGGAUGCUGUCGAAAAGGCGAACGUUGAAAGGCAGAAAAAAUGGACUAAGGAUCAAAAAGUUGGAGAGGGUGCAUAUGCAGUUGUAUACCGAGGCCGUGAGGUGUCGACUGGACGUAAAGUAGCCAUAAAAAAGAUCAAGGUUGGGCAGUUCAAGGAUGGUCUUGACAUGUCUGCCGUUCGCGAGGUUAAAUACCUCCGUGAGCUACACCACUUGAAUGUUAUCGAGCUUCUCGACGUAUUCUCAUCAAAGACCAAUUUAAACUUGGUCCUCGAGUUUCUCGACAGCGAUCUCGAAAUUAUCAUAAAAGACCGGUCGCUUGUUUUUCUCCCUGCUGACAUCAAAAGCUGGAUGGCCAUGACAUUCAGGGGCCUCGAAUUCUGUCACCGCAAUUUUGUCCUUCACCGAGAUUUGAAACCCAACAAUUUGCUCAUAGCUUCCAAUGGCCAGCUUAAAAUCGCCGAUUUUGGUCUCGCAAGAGACUUUGCAGAUCCCGGUUAUAAGAUGACCUGUCAAGUCAUUACUAGAUGGUACCGUCCUCCAGAACUCCUCUUCGGUAGUCGGUACUACAGCAGUGCAGUCGACAUAUGGUCUGUUGGUUGUAUAUUUGCCGAGUUGAUGUUACGGACACCAUAUCUACCUGGCGAAAGUGACAUGGACCAACUAAAAACCAUAUUCCGUGCCCUAGGGACUCCUACCGAAGAAGAUUGGCCGGGCCAUACAAAACUACCAGACUAUGUUCCAGUUGGACAAUUUCCGAAAACUCCCUUACGUGACCUUUUCACUGCCGCCAGUGCCGAUACUCUCAACUUACUCGGAAAGUGUCUUAUUUAUGAGCCCCGAAAACGCAUAAAUGCCAAAGAGGCUCUCCAUCAUCCUUACUUCUUCGCUCUUCCCUAUCCGACUCACCCAUCCAAACUGCCAAAGCCUAUCAGCACCCAGACAUCUCGACCACUUGAAGAAGUUGACGGUAACGUCGAUCUUAGUGCUCCAGGACCUGCUGUCAGAGCAGCUGCACCCAAUAAACUCAAAAGGAAGCUGUCUUCGCCUGGUGACGAAUUAAGUGGUAGACCACUAGCGCGCAGACUUGAUUUCACUCUGAAGACAUAACAAAAAGUAUAUACAUACACUCUCACUGCAAUUUCCUAUUUCUUUCAUUCAAGACACGCACGGUGUAUGACUAACCCAUACUUUCGCUGGGCAUGUAUGAUGACGAUGACGACGACAAGUAUGUAUGUGUAUUAUAAGAAACAGCACUUGGCAAUGCAAAUCCUCGAACCUUUGUGUGUAUAGAGCAAUAAAAAAAAGAAUUCCGAAAAGCUAAAUCACAGCUUGAAGUACAACAACGGUCAUCAGUCACUAAAGAAGAUCAACGUGGCGUAUCACAAACUGUGCACUUGUCUGUUGCACUCGCAGGAUUUGACAACAUGCAUGUUGAACAAGUCCAAGUGACUCCCCCAGAGGUUUUCGAGGGCUGCUUCAUGCCGGCAGCCGUCCAGUCAAACCCUUUGGCAGGUCCAGAACUCGUGGCAGGUUUACUCCGUGGAGCCUCGCAAACCGUACACUGCUCUGUCGCGCUCGCAGGGUUGGACAACAUGCACGUUGAACAAGUCCAGGCAUCGCCCCCUGACCCCUUCGAAGGCUGCUUUACGCCCGCAGCCGCCCAGUUAAACCCGUUGGUAGCACUUGCAGGCCCAUUGAACCCAUUUGUAGUAUGCGUAGGCGUUGACUUGUUUCGUGGCUCCUCACAGACGGAACAUUUAUCUUUCGCGUCAUCAGAGUUUGUGAGCAUGCAUGUGCUGCACGUCCAGCUUCCUGGCUUGGACGCAGCUGUGGGCGCUUUCAUUCCGGCUGCAGUCCAGUUAAACCCGUUGACUGCGGUUGUACGCUUCGAAAAAUCGAAUGCAGGUAGCGAAGAUAAUGGCGCAAGCUUAACCGAUUCACGGGCUUUGACGUGACUCGGCCCAGCAUCAUAUGGUGAUUCUCCGAGGGUGAAUGUGUACGUGGGCAGAUUGUCGACAUUCAUAGCAAGAACCGCAGAUUUUGGAUUGAUGGGACUUGGUUCGACGAGAUCGACUUUCUUGAGGGGGGCACUAGCUUGUGGCGUGGAAAUGGGAGGAGAGACCUUGGGCUCGGAAACGGUCUCGACCUUAUCAACCUGAUAGCUAAAGCGAAGCUUCGACGGCUCCUUUGGAGCUGAUGACCUCGCCCCGAAUAGUGAUUUCGCAGAUGUGGACUGCUGCACAGCAGGUGUACCAUUUGCAUUACUAGGACGAGCCGGCUGAGAGCCCCUGCUCUCGUCCUCGGGCUCUAUGACCUCCGAUGGCUUAGUGACAGGUGAAGUCGACUGAGGGGAAGAGGGCAUUUCCACGUCAUCGAUUUCCUCGACGGUCACUGCUGCCGUGCGAGGACGACGAGGAGUUCCAUAAACUCCAGUUAUCUUCGGUUUCUUCGCUAUACGAUUGUCCUCCU